GGUGACUGUGAAAAAUCGAGCCUAAAACACGGUGACCUGGUUGUCAAUCAGAGAACUACCACCGAUGACAAACCUUUCUCGUGUUCCGAGUGUGAGAAAUCCUUUAAAAGGAAAUCAGAUUUAUUUCUACACCACAGAGUCCACACCGGCGAGAAGCCCUACUGCUGUCCCGAGUGUGGCAAAUGCUUCCAGAGAAGAGGAAACCUCAAUAUCCACAUAAAAAUUCACACCGGCGAGAAGCCCUUCUCCUGUCCUGAGUGCGGAAAGGGCUUCUCUGAAAAAUGGGUCCGCAAUAACCACAUGAGAGUUCACACCGGCGAGAAACCGUUUUCCUGCUCAGAGUGCGACAGAUGUUUUACAGAGCAGUCACUAGGUCUUUCUAAUCCCAAGGAAUCUUCUACUAAUAAUUUACCUUCUGUUCAGGAUUGUGAAAAAUCAAGCCUAAAAAAUCAAACCCUCUCUGUAAACCCGAAACCUCACACCAGUAAAAAAUGCUUCUUGUGUUCCGAGUGUGAGAAGUCCUUCAAAAAUAAAUACGAUUUUGUUCAACACCAGAGUGUUCAUAACGGCGAGAAGCCCUAUGCCUGUCCUGAGUGUGGAAAGUGCUUCUCCAGAAAAGUGAUCUAUGAUAGCCACAUGAGGACUCACACCAUUGAGAAGUCAUUUUGCUGUUCAGAGUGUAGGAAGUCAUUGGAAAAGAGAUCUGAAUUCAAUGUCCACCGGAAGGGUCACACCCGCAAGGAGAUCUGCUCUGGCUGUGAAAAAUCAGUCAAAAGAAAAUGUGAUCCGGUUGAACACCAAAAAGUUCAUGCCGGAGAACCAACUUUUUCAUGUGGCAAGAAGCCCUUCAAAAAUAGUUGGAAAUCCCUUCGACACCGGAGAACCCACACCGUGGAAAAGCCCUUCUCGUGUUCUGAGUGCGGAAAUACUUUUUCAGAGAAAUCACAACUAAAAGCGCACCAGACAGUCCACUCCGCUGCAAAGCCAUUUUCCUGUGCCGAGUGCGGAAAGAGCUACUCCAGUAAAGGGAACCGUGAUAAACACAUGAAGAUUCACACCGGAGAGAAACCGUUUUCCUGUUCAGAUUGCGGCAAACGUUUUACACAGAAAAUAACACUAAUCAACCAUCAAAGAGUUCAUACCAGACUAAUGAUUUACACAAAAACACUCACAAAGUGA